AUGGCCAAGCUUUUCAUUAGAAACGUAUUCCUACUACCCUUAAUCGUAAUAUUAUCCAUAAGCUUCUUUAUUUACAAGUUUCACAAUAACAGUGCUCUAAUUUCCCAACUAGUCUCCAAAGCAGUCUUCCAUCGAGAAUUCGGUGAAUUCCCACCAUUGAAAAAAGGCAAUCGAUGGAUUGUGGUGACAAGUGUCAGUCAGCCAACUGAGGAUGUUAAGAGACUUGCUGCAAUUGAAGACUGGAAUCUGGUAGUAGUGGCGGAUACCAAGACCCCGCUAGAUUGGAAGCUCGAAAAUGUGCACUUCUUAUCAGUUGCCUAUCAGAAGCAGCUACCAUUCACCCUGGUCAGUGAACUCCCUUACAAAUCCUACACCCGGAAAAACAUUGGAUAUCUCUACGCGAUCUCAAAGGGUGCUGAAUGGAUUUAUGAUACUGAUGAUGAUAAUAAGCCUUAUGGGCUGGGACUGAAACAGUUUGAUUAUGAAGAUCAGGUGUCCGGGGUACGGUUCCUCCCGCAGAACGCAUCGGGUAUAAGCCAACGACUCUUUAAUCCUUACCGGUUCUAUGGAAUGGAUGGAAUGUGGCCCCGAGGGUUCCCCUUGGAACAUUUUGAGAAGCACACAAAUGGAAAUAACAGUCAAGUACUUUGCUACAAGAUGAAAAGAGCUGCUGUUCAGCAAGGACUUGUACAUCAUGACCCUGAUGUUGAUGCUAUUUAUCGAUUGUUGAAUGCUGACAAGAAUAAUGGAUUAAAUGUGGAGUUCAACAAAUUCGCACCUCCUAUCACUUUAUCAGUUGGGACGUAUUCUCCAUGGAACUCACAGAAUACCCUGUUCCACAAAUCGGCUUUCCAUACUAUGUUCUUACCGACUACAGUAUCAUUCAGAACCACUGACAUCUGGAGAUCAUUCAUCUCUCAAAAAAUCCUGCACUUAUCCGGACUGACCGUAUCCUUCGUUUCCACCAACGCAGUUCAAUUCAGAAAUGCCCACGACUAUCUAAAAGACUUUAAAAAUGAGAAGCAAGUUUAUGAAGAUUCAGGAAAAAUGAUAGAGUUCCUACAUAAUUGGAAUUGCACCAGGAAUAACUCAACAGUUUUGGAAAACUGUAUAAAUCAACUUUUGGUGGACCUGGCUAAAGAAAAGUUAUGGGGUUCCGAAGAUGCACGACUCAUGGGGAUGUACUUGGAAGAUUUGAAAUCUAUGGGAUUCAAAUUCCCCAAGCUCGUCGGAAACAGUACUCAAGAUUACUCUGCGUCAAGAGAUGAAACAACUCGAGAUGUAAACUGUAGACGGAUGCAUCUAGAAUUUGAUUUGCUCAAGCCAAGAGAGGACCAAAGUAUUCGAAGAGCGGAACAAAAGCUGAACUAUUUCGGGAAUAUCGUGGAUUGGUGCAAUGAAACCGGAUAUUCAGACAUAUCCAUAAAUUUCCCAUCACCUAAGCAGCUUGCAAAACAGAACAACGAAUCGUAUGUUUUCCAAAAGGAUUUGAACAGUGUACUCCUUGCGGUCAACAACUACCCCUGGGAUUACGGUAUGGGGCUCAUACAACGCCUUUACCAACCUUACUUUGCCACAAUUAUAUUCUGUGGGUCCUGGUACCCGGAAAACUUUCAAAACUUGGAUAAAACCACCUCAAUUAUGCACCCCAUCAACUAUAUUCAUAUGAACCCUGCCGAAAUGUCAAAAGGUGCAUUCGCCUAUCACUGUGUCACUCUUGUUAAGGAACUUCGUCUGAACAAUGUGCAAGGGUACUUUCUGAUGUCAGACGAUGCAGUCUUCAACAUCUGGCAGCGCAUCGACUACGCAAGAGUUCAUCAUAUCCACGGAUCCAAUAAUUUGUAUAACAGUUGGUACAAUCAUACACAAUAUGGAGCAAAAGCUGCAAAGCGGGUCCUUGAGAUUGUGAAAACCACGAAUGACACCGAAAUUAAGACGACUUGGCAAAAAUUCGAUGAUGGGCUGAGAAAGUAUGAUUACCACAAUUUGACGGAGGGCGCUGAAGCCCAAAUGUUGAACCAUCUCGGGAAAAGUGUUUCAGAUUUCUACUACAUUCCCACAAGUGAAAUCGAGUACUAUGCAAAUCUCAUGAGAAUUUUCUAUCAAGCCAACCUAUUCUUGGAAAUCGCUAUGAAUCGAUUCAUUAGAUCAGUUGAUCAUCAAAUAUCACUCCAAGGUGCAUGCAGCUAUCUCUGGGUAGAAGAAGAUCGUCAGCACUGGCCAGAUUUCUAUAAUCAGGAUCUUGUCGCCUUGCAUCCCGUGAAACCCAGCUUGUUCAAAACUGCGGGGGAGGACAGGAAAACAUAUUGUGCAACGGUUAUUCAAACUUGGGCGGACAUUGUGUUCGGCGGAUCUACAAACUACACUGUUAAGGGUGAUGAUGUGAAAGAGGUCUACCUUCCGGAAUAA